UGCUGCUUCAGUGAGAGGGCGGAUCCGCUCUCACAGAGAGGCAGUACAGCGGGAGUGGGAGGGCUCUUCAGUGUUUUCGCUGGUUUGAAACAGAGGAAGAAAACAGCGAGCAGCCACGCCGCCCACCAAACAAGGCGAAGCGCGCAACAACAAUUUCGCAACCGCCGCCGCCGCUGCUGCCCCGAUUAAACCCACAGAGGAGCGGAGGAGAGCAGACACACGCACAGGGGAGCUCUGCUGCAGCUGCUGUCCUGCACAGGAACUAACAAAAAGUUCCUGGGCCUUCAGAAAGUACUGCAUCAAGACCAAGUACCUGUUUGACACCUGGAGUUAUGGCAUAGGAACUGAAUUAUGUCUCUGCAUCUAUCGUUCAAGACUCAGACGGAUGACCAUGUUGCCACCAAACAGCUGUGACGUCACCGUGAAGUCGUGGACCGAGGUGGACGUUGUGCUUUCUUAACUUGGAUUUGUGCAACUUUUCCACAAGACCUGUUUGGCUCACCUUCUUCAAAAUAAAUCGCUGUUUUCUGCCAAUAAAUAUUACAAAGGACUACUCAUCCAUCUUUAAAAUAUGGAGACUCUUUCCCAAGAUUCAAUUCUGGAGUGCCAGAUCUGCUUUAACUACUACAGCCCUCGCCGGCGGCCCAAACUCCUGGACUGCCGACACACGUGCUGCUCGGUGUGUUUGACCCAGAUGCGCAGUAGCCAGAAGGAGAUCCGUUGUCCCUGGUGCCGUGGCGUCACUAAGCUCCCGCCUGGGCUGUCCGUGUCCCAGCUCCCGGACGACCCGGACAUCAUCACCGUCAUCGCCAUUCCUCACGCCUCGGAGCACACGCCCGUCUUCAUCCGCCUCCCCAGCAACGGCUGCUACAUGCUGCCGCUGCCUGUCGCCAAGGAGCGGGCGCUGGGCCUGCCGGGGGAGCUGGGGUGUCGUUUCCUGCCGGGCAGCCAGCAGAAGGGGGUGACGGUGGUGACGGUGCCCGAGCAGCAGCCUCUGGGCCUUGCUAUGGGGCUGGAGGGGGUGGGGAUGGAGGGAGGCGAGGGCGAGAGGAGAGUUACCGGCCCAGUUGGAGGAGGAGGUAAGGGGUCCACGUGGUCUGGAGUGUGCACGGUGAUCCUGGUGGCGUGCGUGCUGCUCUUCCUCCUGGGCAUCGUGCUGCACAACAUGUCCUGCAUCUCCAAACGCUUCACCGUCAUCUCCUGCGGCUGAGGGCGGGGGGAGGCUGCUCGGACUGCCGCGGACCCCCCCUGGAUUAGCCCUGCCUCUCCUCGGGGCGGGACUCUGCUGAGGAGAGGGGACUAAACUCACAUCAUGGGCAUCCAAGGAAACUUCAGAGCAAAGUUUGGAGAAACGGGUGAAGAUGAGGAGGAUCCACGAACCGUCUGCCAUUGUGUCCCCAUUUGUUUUUGUUUUUUUGGGAGACUGAAAUUAAAAUGGAAAUACAGAAACAAACCCUCACUUUUCUUUCUGGCCCGUCCUUUUCCGGUCCUAUUUUCUCUGAAAGAACACUUUGGGAAUUACUCCAGAAAUGUUUUGGGCCAGCUGAUUUGUUUUUUGGCCAGCUGAUAUGUUUUCUGGCGAGGGGCCGAUCUGACACUCACUCGCACUCACAGCCGUCGGAUUGCCCGUUUAGUCUGUGGUUUGUAGAAGUACAUCAGUUAUCAUAGUGUUGUUUAGCUGAGUGUAGGCUCCAACUGCGGCGUCUCCAGCUGGUGCCGCAGUACAAAGAGUUCGGACUUGGCUGCUCUCUGUCCUCUGAUGCUGCAGGAAUUAAUUGUGCAGGAUCCACGCCUGGCCCCGCCUGGUUCAUCUGGGAAACUCAAAAUCAACAGUUUUCUUUUUUUUUUUUUGCAUCCCUUCUCCUACAACCUGUUCCUGUUCAGAACGAACUGUUGCUAUGGUGGCUCCAUGUAGUUAGUUAAAGGGAUUGUUGUCAAAGAAAAAGGACAGAAUUUGGAUUGUGGUUUAAUUCAUCUUGUUACAGGGGAGUAGGGAGUGGUGCAAUUAAGUCUUAAAAUUUGCAAUCAGUGCUGAAACGAUUCGGCAUGGAGAGAUUUCUCAGUAAAUAUAUUACUGUUUGACAUGUUUCAAGCAAAAAAUAACAAACAUUUAUUGUUUUUAGUUCAUUUUACAGUUUUGUUUUUCUAUUUGCAUCAUUGUAAAUUCUGUAUCAUUUGGUUAACAUAUUUGAAGACAUCAUUUGUGCACUCAGAAGUUGUGACGGUCACUUUUUUCCUAAGAAUUUCACAUCAAAAUGUUUUUGAAGUUGUAAUGUUUUGAAAUGUUUCUGCAAUUGAAGAAAAUACUUGGUUCUGAAAAUGACCGCUAGUUUCUAUCAUGUUUGAAAUAUGGUGGAAAAAUGUCGUGGAGCCCUCUUCCAGGAUGCUAGCUACCAAAAAAAAAAAAAAGCUCAAAAUACUCUACUAAAAACAGAAAAAUCUUAAAAGGAAUAGUUUGAUCAUUUGGGAAAUACUUUCAUUUGCAUUCUGUCUGAGAGUUAGAUUAAAAAAAAAAGAUCGAUACCACUGACCAUGUGUUACAUACAGCUCCAGAGCCAGGAGGUAAUUAGCUUAUCCUAGCAUCAGAUUAAACAAACACGAUGAAACAUAUUUCAGUAAUUUGUGAGUUUUAGCAGUAUUUCUAAAAGUUUUUGAACUUUUCAAACAGCUAGGCUA